AUGCUGUCCAGCGGCGUGCGUGAAGUGCCAUCCCUUGACGACGACCUCCAUCGCCUGCGGCCUGACGGCUACCAGAGCGCUGAGAUGGAUGCCGAGGAUGUAGAACCUACGGCAACAAUAUCACCGGAGCCGCGUGCUUGCAGCGCCACGCGCCCGCCAAUUCUUCCGCAUGCGGCAGACGUCGACGACGACGCGUUCAGCAGGCCCAUCAGCGCCUUCAGCAUGGCGUCCAACAUGACAGAGCCCAGGGUCUCGAAGUUUCGCCGUCGGGUGCAGAUCCAGGCGGAAAGCGACGAGGACAACAACGGCCGCAAGGACCGCGAAGACUCCACCACCUCCCUGCCUGCGGCGCUACGCCUACCCGGCCAAACCCACAGCUUCACCGCCCAACACCGCAUCAGCGGCAUCGGUGCCGGAACCAUGAACCACAAUCAAAACGCCAGCAGCUACCGCGUUAGUCCGCUGUCUCCCGCAGCUGGCGGCGGUCCCGCAGGCCCCGGCGGCGUCUCGCCACUGUGGCUGUCAUUCGGCCGCACCAGCACCUGCGCCGCGCCGCUGCUCAUGCCGCCAGAGGACAUGCCGCCGCUUCACCAGGCCGCCUGGUUCAACGACCUGGACACCCUCCUGGAAAUCCUGAAAACCUCCUCCAAUGCCCUGGAGGGCCUUAUCUGGUACAACAAGAAGUUCUACCCCCACGCGGGGGAGGCAGGGGGGGAAGCCGCGGCCGUACAGCGCAGCAUCGCGGAUCCGAAGGCGCCGCCGCCGCUGCCGCAGGUCGCCAGCAUGGAGAUUGCAACCUCGGCCCUCAAGGCGCUUCUGCAACGCGAGUUCCUGCUGCAUGCGUGCCACCCGCUCACGAUUGCGGCGGCGAAUGGCAACGAGCGCAUCGUAGAUGAGUUGCUCAAGGCGAUGGUGGAGGAGUCGCAGACCAGCAAGGGGGAGAGCGUGCUGGUCAUGACGUGGAGAUCGCCGCCGGCGGGGUUGCCGCCCGGCUGCCCCUGGGUGACCCCGCUGGCGGCGGCGGCGCUGUCGGGCAGCGGCGAGUGCGUACGGCUCAUCGCGCAGGCGAUUGUACGGCGCAAGUCGCUGACUGAGGACCGCAGUACGUACGGAUGCUUCAGGUUUCGGCCGCUGGUGGUGGCGCAGAGCGCGGAAGCAGUGGAGGGUCUAUUCAAGUACGGCUGCUGCCACGGGGAUACGCUGCGCUACAGCCUUUGUGAUGCCGCACGCCGCCUAGCCAAACGCGAAAGCAGCGCCGCCGCCGCUGCUACUGCCGCCGCGGUUGCCGUACUGCAGAACGGCAUCCACGGCAGCGGCGGCGGAACUGCUGGCACGGGAGUGGCGUCCGCACGUCGCUCCGCGACAUCGCUAAUCCUCCCCAACGCAGGCACUGACAGCGGCGCUGUCGUCGCCCCCGUUGCGGGCGGCGGCGGCGGCGGCGGAGCCACGUCAAUCAAGGCUGCUGAGCUAAUGCUCUUCCGUGCCCGCCUCUUCCAUGACAGUCUCGGCCGACCCCUGGGUCGCGCCCUGUGUGAAUUCCUGCCGGAGACGCUGGUGGCUGUGGCGGCGCUGGCCGCCAUGGUAGAGCAGGGCCUGCAUCCCGACCGCUUCCUCACCCACACCGAACACGCCAACAUCACCAGUACCUCGCUGCUCAUGGUAAUCGUCAGAAACUACCAAACUGCGCUGCGUGCCGCCGCCGGAGGCGGUGGCGGCGGCGGCGGCGGUGACAGCGGCUCCACCGUCGGCGCCACGUACGCCAGCAUGCGCAGCGGCGCUUCAUUCACGGCAUCAUUAUCGACAUCCGCCGCUGCCGCCGCAGCGGCGGCGGCGGCUGUGGCGGCAGCGUAUCCCGCCUCCAGCGACCUGUCAUCUGCCGUACGCGAGGGCCUGCACACGCUGGCGGCGGGGCUGCUGGCGCACGGCGCCGUCGUGGACCACCCUCCGCGUGAGGGCUGCCGUCAAGUGGGGGGUCACCACAUCGCCCCUCCGCACGGGCCAGAGGUUCCGCUACACCACGCCUUCAUCCACGGUCCCCAAGAGCUCGUGGUGCUACUGCUGCAGUACAGUCAGCUACAUCCGGAGUCUCUAGAGGACUUGCUGGGGCCGCCGCCAGCUCGCACCGCCGCCACAGGGCCCCCGGCUCUUGACGCGCAGUCGUCGGCGGCCCGGGCGUUCUACAGCAGGCGGCCCGGGGACUCAAACAAACAACAACAGCAGCCGCAGCAGCAGUUUCAGAAGCCUAGUAAGGUGCAAGGGCAGGCGCUGCUGCAGCCGAAGCAGUCGUUCCGGGGUGCUGCCGCUGCGGGCUCCGUGCCUUGGGAGGGCGGCCGUAGCUCCCCACUGCUGGCGUUUGCUGAGCUCGUGGAGGACCUGAUCAAGGCCAGCAUCGCGGCCGAUGCGCGCAUGGUCACCAGCGACCUCACCUGGCUGGUGGUCGAGCUGUUCGAGCGGUGCAUGGCGCGAGAGUUCGGCAACCUGGGCCAGCUGCGACUGCUGGAUCGAGGCAGCAGCGCCAGUGACGAAGGCGUCAAAGGCGGCGGCGGCGGCGGCGGGGACGGAUCUCAGGACAACAGCAGCCAUAGCCGCAGCGGAGGCGGUGGGGAGGCACAGCCAGGGUCCCGUAGGGCACCUGGCGCCGCGUCGCCGCCACAAGAUGCUGUCAUAACCGUGGAUCCUGUCGUACCGGCUGUUGAGGAGGGCAAGGCGGCGGGCGGCGCCGCUACGUCUGUGCAGAGUGGGGAGCAUCAUGGGAACUGGGGUGUACGGAGGCCCGGGGGGCAUCCUGCACAUCACGUAUCGGCGGCGGCGGCGCCGCCGCCGCUUGACAAGGAUAAGAAGACUGGUGGCGGCGGCGGCGAUGGUGGCCGUGAGGAAAGGGCCAGCGUCGACGGCCGUGGCGAUGAGUUCUUCAGUGAUGACGUCGGCGUCGACGGCGAGGUGUCCUCGGCGUCCUCGUCCUCGGGCUCCUUCACCUCCUCCGGCAGCGACUUGGACGCCGACGCAGCGAACUCCUGGCCGCGGCGUCGCAACGGCAACCAGCCGUACUCGUUCCUGACGGCGCCUGAGGACAGCACCACUUUGUCCAUCGUACACAGCUUGUACCGCAACACUGCCGACGCAAUUACGUCACUUCACCAAUCGCUGGCGGGCGGAACCGUGGGAGGGCCCCGGGCAGCGGCGGCCGGCGGCGGCGGCGGCGUCUCCGGCGCCACCUCCGGCUCGCUGGCCACCGCCGCGGCGGCACUCGUAGACUGGACUGUGCUGCUUCGUCUCGUUGCUCGUAUCGCCGCCACCACACUCAACCCACCCAAAAGCCAUGGCGCCGUCGCCGGGCAGAUCUCCGUCUUCACGACAGCCAAGGCGUGCGCUCGCUUGAUACACGGCAUGGAUCUCAUCCGUGUGGAGCUCAAGGGCUAUCGCUGGGACAGCAUUCCCAUGAGCUUGGAUCAGGACUGUUACGCAGUGCUGACGGCAGGGGAGCCCGUCAAGCUUAGCAACCGGCCGCCGACGGUGGCGGCCGCCAGCGUCGCGGCGGCGGCCGCCGCGGAGGAAGAGCAGCGCCGUGCCGUCGCCGCCGCGGAGGCGGCCGCUGCCAAGGGCCUUCGUAAGGCCCUCAAGGCCCGCGCCAGGAGCCUUAAGGGCGGCGCCAUAGCACCAGACGGGGGGGAAAUGGUGGGCGCGGCUGCGGCGCCGCCGAGGCUCCAAGGCUUGGGUGGCGCCGGCGCCGCUGCCUUCGAAGAUGAGCCCCUGACACGUGAAGACAUUUUGCAGGCUUGCAUAUUCUCCAACAUGUGGACUGUGCUGACGCACUUCAUGUUGUCGUCGCUGCGGCUGCCGACCUACAUGCGAUCGCUGCAGCGGCUCCGCAACGAGACCUAUAAAUACGCUGUGCUGGGCCAGCUGACCCAGUACGGCAGCAUCCCGACGGUUCUUAGCAUGGGUCUACUGCUAGGCCUGCUAGGCCUGCUUACCCGCGGCUUGCAGCGUGCCGUACGCCUUGUCGGUAACCUCAUCCUGGCUGGCUACGUUCGCCUGGAGGAACGGCUACAGCCCGCCAUGAACAAUGUCGGCCGACGGCUACAGCUGGGCAAGGUCCAACGACGGUUUGGACGAAUGGUACGGCGGGUUGGCGAUCAGCUGGCCACGCGCGCGACGGGCGGCGGCGUGGGAGACGUCAUUGGCAUGGGCCUUGGGGGCCCCAAGGCGCUCAUGACGGUGCGGAUUAUCCCCCACUACCUGGCAUUCCUGGGCGUGCUGUUGGACCGAGACGCGCUGGCGGAGCUGUGGCUGGGCGUCACGCAACGUCUCAGCCGGAGCAGCAGCCGCGGCGCGACGAAGAUGGCCGGCGGUGGCAGCGGUGGCGGCGGAGGGGCGAGUGGUCGGGAUGGAGCCGGGGGGGCGGGAGGGGGAGGAAGUGGAGAGGGCGAUGGACCGGCGCCGGCGUACAUGAGCUGGCGUACGACGCGUGUGGUUUGCAGUAGGGUGCCGCUGGCGUGCGCGGCGGCGAUGCCGUCGGGGUUGUUGUACAAGCUGGCGUCGUCGCCACAGGUCAACGGGGAGCUGUUCGCGUCGCCGGUGAUGCGCGCCAUCAUAGUUUGGCGCUGGCAGCACUUCACGCGGUACUUUUUGCUGCUGCAAUUCCUGGAGCACAUCAUUUACAUGGCGUUCUUUAUGGUUUACGCGUUUUCGCUGUCUUACAGUCCACAGAUGUUUACGAAGUUGCUGGGUGCAGCGCGUACGACAGUGUUGGAGGUUGCGGGGUGCGAGCUGGCGCCGUCGGGGCUCCAGGAAUUCUUGCUUGUGACUCUUGGCGUCAUGACGAUUACGUGUGUCAUCCAGGAGCUUCGACAGCUGAUGUUCUUCAAGCUGGACUGGCUCCGGCAGCCCUGGAACCUCAUGGAUCUCGCCUCCAGCACCAUCAUGGGCGCCAUCAUCACGCUGCACCUCAGUUGCGGGACGAAGGCCGAGUGGCUCAGAGGGCUGGCGGCAAUAGAGGUGGCCCUGCUAUUCAUGCGACUGCUGUACUUUGCGAUGGCAGACGACCGCCUGGGCAGCUUCUUUAGGAUGGUUAUCGAGGUGCUCCGGGACUGCUGGCUGUUCUUCGUCUUCCUAGUUCGUCGCCAUUUAUGCACCGCGCAUGGUCCUGCAUUCUCUCCCACUCUCAAAUGUAUUUUGUUCAUCGGCUGGGGUCUGGCGCUCACCGUCAUGAAGGGCAAGAGCACCACCAUUCAGGAGACCUACCUGCAGCUCUUCACAAUGAUCUUCGGGGACUUCCAGUUGGCCCUGAUGGAGGCCAACAACGCCGGCAGCACGGGGCUGAACCACCUGUGGCGGAUGUUCGCGUCGCUGUACCAGAUACUGGUGACCAUCAUCUUGCUGAACCUGGUACGGGGGGAGCCCCCAAUCAUCAACGACUCGUACGAGCGCAUCAACGACAACGAGGCGUGCGAAUCGCUGCGCAACAAGCUGACUCUGAUUGUGGAGGCGGAGUCCGUGUUGCCCUCGGGCAUGGCCAAGAGGAUGUUGGAGUCCCUGGCAAAAACAGACCUCUACGUCAUUACGGCGGAGGCGGCAACCGUGGCUGCCAGCUAUGACGCCGGCGGCAGCGGUACUUUGGACGAGCCGGGCUCCGGAACCAGCGGCACCACUCGCCGCGCACUUGCCCCUCCUGCCAGGUGGAACGGUCGCUUGUCGGAGACCAAGCGCUUCGUCAGCCACGUCGUGGACCAACUUGCAGCUCAACAGGCCACCUUCCAAGCACGAGUGCUGUCUGCACUGUCCGCAGGGCAAGCCAGUGCUUCAGAUGUGCUGCCCGCUGUCGGCGCCGUUGGCCUCCCGGGCGCCAGCCGCGAGGGCGGCGGCGCCGCCGGCAGCGGUGGCUGGCGCGGCGGCGGACAUUCCAAGCGAUUGAGCACUCUGCCUGGCGGCGGCUUGGGAAUGGCCGCGGCUGGAGGCGUCGGAAUGCGUGUCGGCGGUGGCGGCGCCGGCGCAGGGGCGUCCCAGCCGAACCAGGGGUCACUGAUGGGCCUGAUGGACGCGGAGGCCUUGACGGAUAUGCUGGUGUUGGGUCGGGUACUGCGUGAUAAGUUGACAGAGCUGGACCAGGAAAGGGAGGAGACGCGGCGGCGGCAGGACGAGGCGGCGGCGGCGCUGGCGGAGCUGCACAGGACGGUGGAGCGACUGGGUGACCAGGUGGCGCGGUCGGCGGCGGAGUCGGCAGCGGCGGCAGCGGCGGCGAAGGCGCUGGUGGUGAGCGGCGGCCAGAAGAGCCGUAGCGGCACCGGCAGCGGUGGCGGCGGCAGCAUUGGCAACGGCGGUGGCGGCAGCGGUGGUGAUGAGGUGUUGCUAGUAGAGCGGUCGAUGUUGGAGGAGGUGGCGAUGCGGGCCGCCGAGCAGGCGGCGCAGCUUGCGGUGCAGGGGGUUCUCCGGGGCUUGCGGAAGGGAGCGGCGGCGACUCGGCUCAGCCGCUUGGGGACAGGGGACUGCGUUGCGGCCGGCCAUUACAAUGGCAAUUUCCAAGCUAUGUCAGCGCUGGUCUGUAGGCUUUUCAGGCGGGUGGUGCAACACGUGUCGGCCCUGACGACACAAUGA